AGUGAGCCACUCUGGGCGGUUGGAUCCACACGGACAGAGAGCGCGAAGAGACGCACACCUGUCGCAAACUCAACGGAGUCUUGACUCUACUUUUUUUUUAACGGUUAAUUUUAUGAGGCAAACGUUUGUUUUUAUUCAUUUGGGAGAUAAGAGAGCUACAUUAUCAAAAACAUUUGGAUAUGUUUUGUUAGUUUUGGGCCGGUAGAAUGUUUGUUUUCUGGUCGAAGGUGGUUAGUUAUUUGCUUAACUAACUAACUAACCAACUAGUUUAGUUAACAACAUAUAAAUAACGACGAUAUAAUAAUGAUUUGGAUUGAGUAGACUACAUUUCACAACAGUGAACUGUAGCCCACAGCAGGAAAGGAAAACUGCCUUUUUUAUGUGUCGGAAAAACCUCUUCAAAAUGAAAACGUGUGACUUUAACGUCUUUUAAGAGUCCAGUCGUUUUUUUUUGUCUAAGAAGUUAUCCUUCAUUCGUUAAAGUUAAAAGUUUUAAUUUUAAUUUAAGGUGAACUUGACAAAGUGUCGACACUGUGUAUUUUCUACAGGGGAAAAAAACAAAUCGUCCCGGAGAUGAGUAAAGACACCGAGAUAGAAAUGAAGGAUGUCGAGUUGAACGAGUUAGACCAGGGAGAACUACGGAUGACCGGCGACGGACCGGCGACGGACGGACCUGGGGCUGAGAAGAACCGGUCGAGUGUGAAGCUGGAGGUCCUAGAUGAGGUUGUCAAGUUUACCGGGCUGUCGAAGGAAGAGCUCAUGAAAGUUGCUGGCACACCACGGUGGGUGAGAACUCGCUGGGUUCUCCUGAUGCUGUUCUGGUUGUGCUGCGUGGGGAUGCUGGCUAGAGCCAUAAUGAUCAUUGUCCGGGCCCCCAGGUGUAAACCCAUACCUGAGAUGAACUGGUGGAAUCAGGGUCCUCUCUAUCAGAUAUCUGACCUGGGUGCCUUCAACCACAACAAGGGAAUCAAAGGUGUAGUGGAGGUACUAGACAGACUGGACCAGUUGAAGGUGAAGGGCCUGGUUCUGGGGCCUCUUCACACUGUCCAGCAGGACCGGGUAGACACACUAAACCUGGUCUCCAUGGACCCUGGGGUAGGAACUGACCAGGACCUGCUGGUUCUGCUGGACAAGGCCCACCAGAAGGGUAUCUCUGUGGUGUUGAACCUGACCCCUAACCCUGGAGUUGACCCCUGGUUCAGUCCUGACCUCCUGCCUGAAGUACUGGACAAUCUCGGGUCUGCUGCUAAACACUGGCUGGGUAUGGGUGUAGAUGGCGUGCAGGUGUCCGGCCUCGCUGCUGCCAGCUCCUCUCCUGAUUGGUCCAAGGUCCGGGGCGUCGUCCAGGGCAACGGUGCAGAACAUGAUGUGAAGAAGAGAGCUCUCAUAGGAGUGGAAGAUGGUCUGGACUCCUCUGAUGUCUCUCAUCUUCUCAGCUCCUCUGGUGUUGACCUGAUGUUGUCUGAUAUCCUCAACACCCCUGCAGACUCAGGUAUCCAGAGAGCCAAGUCCAUCCAGUACCUGAUCUCUACCCAGAAACAGAGCUCUCUAGCCUGGGGACUAGGAGGUACCAGGGGGAACCACCUGGCUAGCAUGGUGGAGAGACCAGAGCUGGUCCGGCUCUACCAGCUACUGCUCUUCACUCUGCCUGGAACUCCUGUCUUCAACUAUGGAGAUGAGAUAGGAAGAGUUGACCAGGGCUCCACCUCUCCUCAGAUGCUGUGGUACACUGAGGCUGAGAACCAGACUGCUCAGGCCCAGAAGACUUGUUUGUGGUUUAAGACCCUCUCUGCCCUGAGGGGUGAAGAACGUUCCCUCCUUCACGGGGACUACUUCCCCCUCCACUCCUCCUCCUCAUCCCUGGCUUUCUUGCGUCUGUGGGACCAGAGCGAGAGAUAUGUGACGGCUGUCAACUGGGGCUCCACCCCUGCCACCCUAUACAUGGCCCUCGACCACCCAGACCUGGGUCUUCCACAGCAGGCUGAAGUCAAGCUGAGUACAGACUCUGAAAACCUAGAUGUAGACAGCUCUGUCUCGCUGGAUAAACUGCUGCUGGGACCAGGACAGGCUGUCCUAUUGACCUUUCCCUUUGUUUAGGAGGGGGCUAAAACAGACCAGGACAGGCUGUCCUAUUGACCUUUCCCUUUGUUUAGGAGGGGGGCUAAAACAGACCAGGACAGGCUGUCCUAUUGACCUUUCCCUUUGUUUAGGAGGGGGCUAAAACAGACCAGGACAGGCUGUCCUAUUGACCUCCCCCUUUGUUUAGGAGGGGGCUAAAACAGACCAGGACAGGCUGUCCUAUUGACCUUUCCCUUUGUUUAGGAGGGGGCUAAAACAGACCAGGACAGGCUGUCCUAUUGACCUUUCCCUUUGUUUAGGAGGGGGGCUAAAACAGACCAGGACAGGCUGUCCUAUUGACCUUUCCCUUUGUUUAGGAGGGGGCUAAAACAGACCAGGACAGGCUGUCCUAUUGACCUUUCCCUUUGUUUAGGAGGGGGGCUAAAACAGACCAGGACAGGCUGUCCUAUUGACCUUUCCCUUUGUUUAGGAGGGGGCUAAAACAGAGACCAGGACAGGCUGUCCUAUUGACCUUUCCCUUUGUUUAGGAGGGGGGCUAAAACAGACCAGGACAGGCUGUCCUAUUGACCUUUCCCUUUGUUUAGGAGGGGGGCUAAAACAGACCAGGACAGGCUGUCCUAUUGACCUUUCCCUUUGUUUAGGAGGGGGCUAAAACAGACCAGGACAGGCUGUCCUAUUGACCUUUCCCUUUGUUUAGGAGGGGGCUAAAACAGACCAGGACAGGCUGUCCUAUUGACCUCCCCCUUUGUUUAGGAGGGGGCUAAAACAGACCAGGACAGGCUGUCCUAUUGACCUUUCCCUUUGUUUAGGAGGGGGGCUAAAACAGACCAGGACAGGCUGUCCUAUUGACCUUUCCCUUUGUUUAGGAGGGGGCUAAAACAGACCAGGACAGGCUGUCCUAUUGACCUUUCCCUUUGUUUAGGAGGGGGGCUAAAACAGACCAGGACAGGCUGUCCUAUUGACCUUUCCCUUUGUUUAGGAGGGGGGCUAAAACAGACCAGGACAGGCUGUCCUAUUGACCUCCCCCUUUGUUUAGGAGGGGGGCUAAAACAGACCAGGACAGGCUGUCCUAUUGACCUUUCCCUUUGUUUAGGAGGGGGCUAAAACAGACCAGGACAGGCUGUCCUAUUGACCUUUCCCUUUGUUUAGGAGGGGGGCUAAAACAGACCAGGACAGGCUGUCCUAUUGACCUUUCCCUUUGUUUAGGAGGGGGGCUAAAACAGAGACCAGGACUAGAAGAAACUGAUUAACAGAACUUUUAGACAGUGAGCAGAGGGAAAAUGCAGUAAAGAUGUUUUAUACCACAGAGAACUAGCAGAAGAAGGAAUGUACAGUAUGAGUUUUAGCUGGUGAUAAAUAAAUAUGAUAAUAUGUUAGGCCACGGUUGAGGGUAAAUAUUUGAUCAAUUGUUUUUGUUGUCCUUUGUUUAGAUAAACUUUUUUUUAAAGGACUUUUUUUUUUUUUUUACUUCAGUUAUUUAUGAAAUGUUGAACUGUUGGAAUUUGAAUUUGAAUGUAAAAAUUGUUGAUUUUUGAAUCUGUGUUCCAGUGAAUAGGGCUGUUUAUAGUGUAGGAGAAGGCAAGGUCCUACUGCUUGAAGUUGUUCUACAGUGAAUAGUGCUGUUUAUAGUGUAGGAGAAGGCAAGGUCUUACUGCUUGAAGUUGUUCUACAGUGAAUAGGGCUGUUUAUAGUGUAGGAGAAGGCAAGGUCCUACUGCUUAAAGUUGUUCUACAGUGAAUAGUGCUGUUUAUAGUGUAGGAGAAGGCAAGGUCCUACUGCUUGAAGUUGUUCUACAGUGAAUAGGGCUGUUUAUAGUGUAGGAGAAGGCAAGGUCCUACUGCUUGAAGUUGUUCUACAGUGAAUAGUGCUGUUUAUAGUGUAGGAGAAGGCAAGAUCCUACUGCUUGAAGUUGUUCUGAAUGAAAGUUGAGCCAAGUAAUAUUGCUUGUUGACAGACAUCGACUCUGUUUCUGUCACUUUCCUACACAGAAUAAAGUGUGUGAUUCAUA